GCGAAAAGGAAAACAAGACUGACCCUCGCCUUCAAUUUUCUUUGGCUGAUGAAACUGGACAUACCAAAGAUCACCUCCCUUGCUUGCUUUGGCUUCUGCACUUGAAGUGCCUCACCCUCGUUUUUGUUUCGGGCAGUUGUUGCAGUCGCAUCAAGGCUUGUGUUGUUCUCGUUAGCGACGACCUUUCAGGGCCUCGUUGCAUACGGAGCAGAGCACAGUUUCCCCCCAUUCAUUUGACAGUCGACGACGGUCAUUAUACAACGGCAGUUUCCACUGGCUCACAGAGCUUCCGACGACGACGACGCUUGUAUUCUGGGACCACGCUUCCAGCGAGCAGCUGUCUGAGCUCAGGGAUUACCACCACGGCGGCUAGUCCGCCUUAUAUCUUCCGAUGGAUAACAACAACGACUCCUUCGGCCGCCCGGCCACCAACAAUAUGCCCUCAAUGGCAUCCACCGCCGCUCCGACCCCUCAACGGCCCGGGACGCCCAACGAGUCUGUCGGGCGCAACCCCUUUGGCGACGGUGUCGAGUCGCAAGCGUCGCACCGGUCGUUCGGUCAGAACGGCAACCCCUUUGCCAGCCCUUCGUUCUCGCGGCCCCCUAGUAGCUUCGACUCGUCCUCGGCACUGGGCCGCUUCGAAGGCGGCGGCGCGCGUUACUUCCACUCGCGCCGCGUGCGCAAGGGCGAGAUCGAGAAGCCAUGGACCAAACAGUCCGACCCCAAGGAAAAAUGGGUUACCAUCCUGCCUAUCAUCGGCAUCAUCAUCGGGUUGGGUAUCUCGGGCUUCCUGGUGUGGGACGGCAUCCGCAGCGUGGUCAAGCACAAGUACUGUCCCGUUCUCAUAGAGGAUUGGUCCCAAGGCUUCAACGAGAAGGUGUGGAUGAAGGAGGUGCAGGUGAACGGGUUCGGAAACGGCGAGUUUGAGCAAACCACGGGGGGCGACGAGAACGUGUUCAUUGAGAACGGCAACCUCAUCAUCAGGGCGACACCUCGUGACGACGCGUUGAUGCAACAGAACUACAAGAUCGACCUCCUCAAGGACGGCACCUGCACGUCCACCAACCCGGCCAAUUGCAUCGCCGCCACUAAUAUCACGACCGGCAACUCGUCCAUCGUGCCUCCAGUCCUCUCGGGCCGCAUCAACACGCGGCGCGGUGCCUCCAUCAAGUACGGCCGGGUCGAGGUGACGGCCAAGCUGCCCGCCGGCGACUGGCUCUGGCCGGCCAUCUGGAUGAUGCCGGUCGACUCCAAGUACGGGCCGUGGCCGGCGUCGGGCGAGAUCGACAUCAUGGAGUCGCGCGGCAACAACUACACCUACCCGCAGGGUGGCAACAACAUCAUGUCAUCGGCGCUCCACUGGGGGCCGAACCCGGCCAACGACGCCUGGUGGCGCACCAACGUCAAGCGGCAGGCGCUGCACACAACCUACUCGGCCGGGUUCAACACGUUCGGGGUCGAGUGGUCGCAAAAGUACCUCUUCACCUACGUCAACUCGCGCCUGCUGCAGGUGCUCUACGUCAACUUCGACGUGCCCAUGUGGUCGCGCGGCAACUUCCCCGUCCAGGACAGCAACGGGACGCGCAUCGACGACAUCUGGGGCCACACGGGCCGGCCGCAGACCCCCUUCGACCAGCCCUUCUACCUCAUCCUGAACCUGGCCGUCGGCGGCACCAACGGCUGGUUCGAGGACAACGUCAACGGCAAGCCCUGGCUCGACCGCUCGCCCAACGCCCGCAAGGACUUCUGGCAGGCCAAGGACCGCUGGCUGCCCACCUGGACGCAGCCGCAGAUGGAGGUGAGCAAGGUCGUAAUGUUGCAGCAGUGCGACGGAGAUGAGGAUCUCUAGAGCAGAGUUUGGACAGGACAGCAAGACACGGAUUUCUUUACACAUUGUACACAUUGUUCACAUUGUUCACGUUUGGUGUUUGGGCGUAGAUGGAUGGGCACACAUGUUUACUCUUGGUCACUUAGGUUAUCUAAUGUUUACUUUCUUUUUUUUUUCCUCCCUUCGACUAGGUGGAGCUGAAAGAUGAGCGGAAACGGCCUGGUCUGAUGCGAUUGUUUUUUUUUUGAACAGCGGCACAAAUGCAGACACUCAGUAGCGCUAAUGCGGGCAUGACGAAUCAACAUGACACCUUUGGCAGAG